CUUGUAACAGGAACGCGGAGGUGGAAAAUCACUCUGACCAUCUCGAAUGUUUCUGGGACUUCAAAAUACCCUGCAGCCCGAAAGACUAUAAUGAAACACAGCUUAAAGUUUUCCCAGGAGAAGCAGGAGUCUGCGUUGAAGUGACUUUUUCAAGCUGGAGCUGCUUCCUUGUUCGACAACGGGGUGAAAUAUCUCAACAUCCUCACAAAGAAACUUUGGCUGCUAGGCUGCUAACUCGCACACGAGCCAGACAAAAAGUAUGAUCACCGCUGAAGAAAUGAUCUCAAGCUUUGAGUAACGUCUCAUCUGUCGACCUUAAACCUACAGGUAGCUGAAUUCGCUCUGAAAUGCUUUACUGAAGUUUAAAUUUUGUAACGGUUGUGAAGUGGUCAUCAUUAUCAUCACCACCACCACCACCAGUGGAGGAAGGGUUACAGCUGGUAACUUGGCCACACAGCGCCCCCAAAUCUCAACCAGGCAGGACAUCCAUUGCUGCCGUGUAGUCCCAGGUCUGGAGAGAUGUCAGGUCGGAGUGGUGUGACACAGACCCGGGCAGCUUCUUUGGGUCCACAGCCCCUCAAAGCGACUAUUCCCUAUCAGCUGUCCAGCAAGACUCGAGCAAACCGCAGGGAUGGAAAGUCAGCUGGAAAGUCCAAACCGCAGCAGCUGAGCUCUGGCAUGAGGCGGACAGUGUCUCUUGAUGCCAUCAUCGGCCCAUACCUGCAGGGACAUUGGCCGAAAGAAGUUGAAGGCCAGAGCAGCGUGUGUCGCAAGGACAAAUCCACCCAGACCCCGGACUCGUGGUCAGAUGAAUCUCAGAGCAGGAGAGGCAGCAGCAGUCACAAACGAUCAGCAUCGUGGGGCAGCAGCGAGCAUCUGCGAGAGAUCGCUAAACUCAAACAACAGCUGCAGCAGCAGCGCAGCAAACCUGUAGUCUCAGGGGGGCAUGAGAAAGACCGCCAGCGGGGCUACCCUCAGGGGAGCUGUAGCCUAGGAACCACUCAGACUCAGCCGAUUCCCAUCCCCCUCUCUCCCUUGUCGACACUUGUCCCUCGACUGCGCUGCAGUGUGGAGGGCCUCAACCAGGAGCUGGAAGGCAUGUUCAUCUGCCAGCCUCCUCAUCCGCAGCCCAUGGUCCUUGAAGUUCCAGACGGUCACCGAGCUCCGGUCCCCCCUCAGAGCUGCAGCAGUGGAUCUCAGAGUGACCCCACUAACACACCUUUGUCCUCAUCUUCGUCCUCCUCCUCACCAAGCUCCCCUCCUGUUUACAUCUCCUCUUCCCCAGCAGUCUCUGAGGAUGCUCCUCCAGAGCUGCACCAAGGAUUGACCGACAGCGCAGAGAUGUGUCUCCUGUCCCCGUUCUCGUCCCAGAAUGAUGCUGACCCCACACUGCCACUGCUGAUGUCGUCUUCACCGGGACCAAACAAGAGCUGCUGUUUUCAAAGGGAACCACCAGAGGGCUGUGAAAAAGUCAGAGUCUGGGAGGAAACCAGCCCUUCACAUCAGCUAAAGCCAGCCCUCAUCCCCUCCUGCCCUGACCCCAACAAGGUAAACUUCACCCCCCAUGGAGGCUCUGCCUUCUGCCCCGUCAGCCUCCUCAAGCCCCUGCUCCCCUCCAUGGACCUUCUGUUCCGCAGCCUCGCCGUCUCUCCAGUGGGGAGCUGCUCGAGCCAAGGAACCAGCUCCUGCCAGGUGGCAUCCUCCAGCAACCGGGUCACUCCUCCUGGUCCUCCUUCAUCCACCACCAACAACUCUACUGCUGCUCCUGUGCUGGGAGAAAGCUCGGGAGAGGGGCUCGCUUUCUGAUCUUGAAAACAGUGAAGCAAAUACUUUAGUUGUCUGGAACGAAUUUGUCUAUUUUUGUUGCUUUAUUUUAAGGAAGGCUUAUUCCUUUGCUAUACAUGUCUGAAAUCUCAAAUGAAACAAAAUACUGAAAAAGAAUACGUCUUUGUGCUUGAGCUGCUUGUUAAGAAUUUUUGGUAUAGUGACAUUUCAAAUUAAACUGUUGGUUUUUAUUUCAUUAUCCAAAGAUGUUUUUAGGCCAAACAACAGUGAAAAUCCUCUCAUAUUUGCUUCUUUAUCAAUUGCUGCACAAUUUUCCCCAAAGAAGCCAUGACAAACACUUGAUUCUUAACCCUAUUUUAUUUACUCCUACCAAAAUGAAAGUAAACUGCUUCUUUUUUUACUUUCAAGAAAAUCUAAGAUAUCUGGAAUUCACUCUUUGUAUUUUUUUUUUUUAUCUAACCUGACCUCACACCCAUCUCUGGUGUACAAAGCAUGACAAAUCACUUGGGUACUUCUUAGUUUACAUGAUUAGAAAAAAAGACACAAUGAAUUAGAUAAUUGUAGACAGGAAUUUUCCACAUGUUGAACUUUGGUAGCAUCGAUACCUAAAGGCUUCAGCUCAUGCAUUCCUGCUUUAAAAAGUUGUAUAGCUGUGAUAUUUUUGUUGUCAUCCUGUUUACUUGUUAAAAAAGUAUCUUUUGCAUGUGUAAUGGAUACAAACCUGUUCUGCCUUGUUGUGCAUUUGAAGCUAUGUGUAAAGUUUGAAAAUUUCACAGCCUAGUUGACUACCUAACCCAUUUUAGUGGUGUAGAUUUCUUUUUCUACUGCAGAGCUGACAAGUUUAUGACAUUCAGAUAGUUUUAUUUCUCGUAGAUAUGUUUGCACAAAUUGAACUGCUACUUUUGAGUCGCAUUUCUUAUUUUUAUAUUCACUUUUUGUACUUUAAGAGUAGUGAUGUGUAUUUUUUUUACAUCUCUUUUCAAUUACCUGCAACAUAAGCUAAAAAAAAAAAGAACCUGUUACUUGUAGUUUUGUUCUGUCGGUGUAACCGAGGCAGGUGUUACACGAGAUACUGUAUUGGUGGAUUUUUAUGCACUUCCAGGAGAAGGUUUCUUUAAUACGUUAGUCCUGGUUUAUUGUCACUGACAGAAGUUUUGUUUGUGUGAAUGGAUGAAAAGUUAACUAGUCUGAUUUUUCUUGACUUCUACUAGUUUUAGUAUCCUGGUGAAAAUACUGAUGAGUUGAAACAUUGUAUUUUUCAGAUAAGUCUGUAUCAGUGUUUACUGUAUCAGUGUGGAUGCUGGGGACGUGCUGUUUCUCUCAGGUUCUGUGUUCUGUCCACAUAAAUAUGAUGAAUAAUAAGAUGUCUUUGUGCUUUAUUAAACCAGUCUUGAAUCUUG